AUGGCUGAACCAGAUUCCACUACCCCACGCUACGACCCCUCCAUCUAUGAUACCCCCUUUUCCAAACUACCAAACCCUAAACGAGUAUGGAUAGGAGAGCCUGGAUCCGCCCUUGAGGGUAUAGGUCGUCUCUCCCUUCUCACACAAGAAGUAGUCUCCUCGGCGGCAGCUUCAGAGAUUAAAACGGGCAAAAGAGUAGGUCUCGGAUGGGACAUGACCAAAUUGGAGUAUUCACAAUUUGGACGACAAAAGUGUGGGCAUAAGAUUAUUCCACUAAACGGGCCUGGUGGAAGCGGCUAUGGGGCAUGUUUUGAUGAUGUUUAUCAUAUGAAUCCUCAGCAAAGUAGUCAGUGGGAUGGCUUCCGUCACUACUCCCAGCCACGAAAUCCUUCCGAUCCCUCUACAUCUCAAGAUCGAGUUUUCUACGGUGGCACUACCAAGGACGAAAUCAUGGAUACAUCGAACCAUCGCAUCGGACUGCAGCAUUGGGCACCCGAAGGAAUUGCCGGCCGUGGUAUCCUAAUCGAUUACGCUCACUGGUGUACUCAACAAUCUUCACCCAUCAAGUACACCAACUUUUCCCUCCACAACAUCCCCUUCCAAACCCUCCUCGCCAUCCUCACCGAACAAAACAUAACCCCUCAACGCGGCGACAUCCUCUUCAUCCGCAUGGGUGUAAUCCUCGAAUGGGAUAGCUUCACCGAUUCUCAAAAACAAGACUAUGCCUCUCAAAGCACUCCUGAGCAUGCUGGCGUUGAACCUAGUCUGGAAUUAUUGGAGUGGUUAUGGGAUAGUGGGAUAUCGGCGGUGGCGGGUGAUGCUAUAAGUUGGGAGGUAUACCCUACGCAGGGAGAGAUUAGCUGUCAUGAAUAUUUGCUCGGAGGAUGGGGAAUGCCAAUUGAAAUACGACCUAAUGCAACUAUGGGCCACUGUGCUCUGUCUACCCUUCAGCCACUUCCGCACAGCCCAUAUCCUGAAGGCCUUAAAUGGAAUGAUCGGAUUGAGAGAUUGUACAGGAUGGCAGGUGAUGAUGGAAUUGGCUCACAGCCACGAACCUUUUUCAUCAGCCUCCAGGUUGAUCAAUACGACCCACUUACACUUAGCCCCAACCCGGAAAAGACAGAUUGGCAAGUAGCAUUGAUCAGGUUAAGUAACGAUCAAAUUGACCUAACGCAACUCUGGGCCACCACCCCUCUAGCUCCCCCGCUUCAAUCUCCAUCUCGAACUCCCCGAAGGGAUUACGGGUCAAGGUCCCAUUCUCCGCCUGCCGCUGCCGUCUUCUUCAUCCCCAGCCCCCCGAAGGGAGCGGAGUCGGAAGACAGCAUUGGAAGGCGUAGACAUGGAAGCCUUGGCCUAGCGCAAUAUUGA